UAUUCUCAGCAUAUUUCUCUCUUUGGUUGAAGAGCUUUCGCGUUCAUCCAUCUGAACAAACAAGGUUGUGUCCGGUUUUUCCUUCCGGUGUAUUUUCUGCCACCUGUUCCGGGCUGUAGUGCCCUGUGGAAGGUCUAAUCCAUGAUCAUCAGCGUCCUAUGGACCCAUCUCCAGCACACAACACUCCCCCAGUCGUUGAAGAAGAUGAUGAAUGGGACACUGAUGGAUUCGUGAUUCCGAGCCUGGGAAUUGAAGAUCAAGAGAAAAGUAAAACAGAUGCUCCAGAAGUAGAAGCCUCCAAUCCUCUUUCUCCUAAGGAUAAGAAAGAAGAGGACAUUUACCUGGGUCCGUACGGUGCCCCUCCUUCUCAAGCAAAGCAGCAAGAGCUGAAUACCUUCAGCCGCAAGCAGCGGUUCAAGCAGAAACUGAAGGAAGCAGAUAGGAGGAACAGCGGGACUGGCCGGGAGAAUAAGCUAGAGAAUCUGCGAGAGCUAGUUGGUGAAGGUAAAGUUGCUGCCGGGAAAGUGACUGCAAAUAUGUCAAAGGAUUCUCCUAGAGAAUGGCUAGACCCACACUGCCAUGAGUCACACUUUGAGAAGUGGUCCUCACAGUGAGCAGAGUAUCUGUUAGUUUAAGAUAUCUAUCUAGUGAUUUUUACUUGUUUAGCACCCAUAAUUAUAGACUUUGAUUGCUGCCAGACCAGCAAAAUAAGGUAAUGUACCAUCACAAUAAUUGCUUAUUUGCAGUGAAUUUCCUAUGUCUGAAUCAAGUAUUUCUACCAAUGUUGUGCCAUUUUCCUUCUU